ACUGAUAGUUUAGAGCUGGAGCUGGGGACAGAAUGGUGCAAACCUCCUAGCUUUUCUUGUGCUUUUGACCGCAGAGGAGGAGGAAACUUUUCUGGCGAGUCCUACCUUUCCAGCGGAUCCCUAAAGCGGUUAAUUUUGAAUCUUGAUCCUUUGCCAACCAGCUUUGAAGAGGAUAUAGUGGAAAUAUUUGGCAUUCAGUGGGUUACUGAAACAGCAUUAGUCAAUUCAUCUAGAGAGCUCUUUCAUUUAUUCAGGCAACAGCUAUACAAUUUGGAAACCUUAUUACAAGCCAGCUGUGAUUUUGGAAAGAUAUCAACCCUACACAGCAAAGCAGCCAAUAUUAGGCAGCAGUGUAUAACAUUUCUCCAUUAUGUUAAAGUAUUCAUCUUCAGGUACCUGACAGUUCACAAUGCUAACGGUCCUGUUCCUGUCCGUCCCUACGAUGCUUUGGAGGCUCAGCUUCCCUCGUUGUUGAUUGAUGAGCUUCAAGGAUUACUGUUGUAUGUUGGACAUCUAUCCGAACUUCCCAUUACUAAUCCAGGAGCAUUUGUAAAUCAAAACCAGAAUAAGCUUUUUCCUCCAUCGUGGCAUUUAUUACAUCUCCAUUUGGACAUCCACUGGCUGGUGCUAGAAAUUCUUCAUAUACUUGGUGAAAAAUUGAAACAAGUUAUAUAUGGUCAUCAAUUUAUAAAUCUGGCAGGUGACAAUUUAACCAAUGUCAGCUUAUUUGAAGAACAUUGUGAAAAUCUCCUUUGUGAUUUAAUAAGCCUGUCACUCAACAAGUAUGACAAGGUCAGGCCUUCUGAAGCCUUAGUGAGUCACCAUUGCCCGUGUGCGUGUAUUCAGGAAUUAUGGGUUCUACUCAUUCAUCUUCUGGACCACAGAAGGAAAUUCUCUCUCUCAGAAUCAUUUUGGAGCUGGUUGAAUAAAGUACUUAAAACACUCUUUGAAAAAUCAAGUGACCAAAGAAGACCUGUGCCUGUAAUCCAGCCCAGGGAUCCAUUGGGUUUUAGUUGGUGGAUUAUUACUCAUGUAGCAUCAUUUUACCAGUUUGAUCGCCAUGGAGUACAAGAUGAAAUGAGAAAAAUGGAAUCAAAUUGGAACUUUGUAGAAGAACUGCUGAAAAAGUCAGUCAGUGUUCAGGAUGGUAUAUUAGAAGAACAAUUACGAAUGUAUCUUCACUGUUGUUUGAUGCUUUGUGAUUUCUGGGAGCCAAACAUUACAAUUGUUACCAUUCUAUGGGAAUAUUAUAGCAAGAACCUGAAUAGUUCCUUCAUUAUUUCUUGGCUUCCUUUGAAAGGACUUACAAAUAUCAUUAAGUCCCCCUUGUCUAUGCUUGAAGUGGUGAAGACCUGCUGUUGUGAUAAACACGAUCACAGUCUGUAUAAAUCCAGCAGUAGUUACACCAUUUUCCUUUGCAUUUUGGCAAAAGUUGUUAAAAAGGCAAUGAAGAACAAUGGCCCACAUCUUUGGAAACAAGUCAAAGGAAGAAUAUAUUCUAAAUUCCAUCAGAAAAGAAUGGAAGAACUAACUGAAGUCGGUCUACAGAACUUUUUCAGCCUUUUUCUACUACUAGCAGCUAUUGCAGAGGUGGAAGAUGUAGCAAGUCAUGUUUUAGACCUCCUGAGUUUCCUCAAGCCUUCCUUUAUGACCUCUCAGACAGCCCUCAUUUGGAAGGGUCAAAUGGCCUUCCUCUUAUUGUAUGCCCAGAAAAAUCUGGACAUUGGUGUUUUGGCUGAGAAAUUUUCAAGUGCUUUCCGGGAGAAAGCAAAGGAGUUCUUAGUAUCUAAGAAUGAUGAAAUGGUACAGAGACAUAAUCUCUGGACACUUCUUUCCAUCUACAUUGAUGGUGUUCAAGAAGUGUUUGAGACCAGCUAUUGCUUAUAUCCUUCCCAUGAAAAACUGCUUAAUGACGGAUUUAGUAUGCUUCUGCGAGGUUGUCGAGAAUCUGAACUUAGAAGUGUAUUGAGCUUUCUACAAGCUGUUCUGGCCAGAAUCAGGAGUAUGCAUCAACAAUUGUGUAAGGAACUUCAAAGAGAGAAUGUGGAUCUGACUGUACAGUCCUCAUUAUCAGCUAAAGAGCGCCACCUUGCUGCAGUUGCCAGUGCACUAUGGAGACAUUUUUUUUCAUUUUUGAAGAGUCAGAGAAUGUCACAGACAGUGCCUCUCUCACAACUUGCAGAUGCAGCUGCAGAUUUCACUUUGCUAGCAACAGACAUGCCAAGUACAGCGCCAUCUGAUCUUCAGCCUCAGCCAGUUGUGUCAAUAAUUCAACUUUUUGGUUGGGAUGAUAUCGUCUGGCCACAAGUUGUAGCAAGAUAUUUAAGUCAUUUGCUACAAAAUAGUACCUUAUGUGAAGCACUUUCCCAUUCAGUCUGUGUAUCUUUUCAAGCCUUAACUAUAAGAUCAUGGAUCCGUUGUGUUUUGCAAAUGUAUGUAACAAACCUCUCUGGGCCUGAUGAUUUGUUCAUUGAUGUAAAUACUGAACGGGAAAUUGAAAAAGAAUACAUGGAACAGUUGGCUGAACUGACAAGAUUACUGUUUAAACUGUCAGAAGUAAAGAAUAUUUUCUCAAAGGCUCAAGUUGAAUAUUUACCUCUCCCUGAAGACCCUAAAAAAGCACUUGUUCAAUUUCUUGAGGCUGUUGGUAUAACUUACGGAAAUCUCCAGGCACUUUCCGAUAAAUCUGCCAUGGUCACAAAGUCUUUAGAAUACCUCGGUGAAGUAUUAAAAUAUAUAAAACCUUAUUUGGGAAAAAAAAUUUCUAGUUCAGGCCUGCAGCUGACUUAUGGAAUGAUGGGAAUUCUUGUUAAAUCAUGGGCAAAAAUCUUUGCCACCUCCAAAGCCCAAAAACUCCUUUUCCGGAUCAUAGACUGUUUGCUACUGCCCCAUACAGUGUUACAACAAGAAAAGGAGCUGCCUGCACCUAUGCUGACUGCAAUUCAGAAGAGUCUUCCUUUGUAUCUCCAGGGCAUGUGUAUUGUGUGUUCUCAAAACGCAAAUGCCUAUUCCAAUCAAUUGCUUGGGAAUGUCAUUGAGCAGUACAUUGGACGGUUUCUUCCAGCUUCACCAACUGUUUCUGGUCUUGGACAACAUCCUGUUUUGUUGGCCCUGAGAAACUCAGCCACUGCUCUGUUGAUGGCAUCUCUAAAGAAAUGCAUUGUACAAGUCAUAAGGAAAUCAUACUUUGAGUAUAAAGGGUUAUCACCCCCUCCUCGCUUAGCAUCUGUUCUGGCCUUCAUCCUCCAGCUCUGCAAGGAAGCUAAUGUAGACACUUGUGAGGUGGAACUACUACUCCCUGGCAUCUUAAAAUGUUUGGUUUUGGUCAAUGAACCCCUAGUUAAAAGGCUGGCCACAGAGAACCUGCAAUACAUGGUAAAAGCCUGCCAAGUGGGGUCAGAAGGAGAACCUGCCGCCCAGCUGACUUCUGUGUUUAGGCAGUUUAUCCAGGAUUAUAGUAUGAGAUAUGAUAAUCAAGUUUACAGCAUUUUAGAAACAGUAGCAACACUGAACCAGCAAGUUGUCAUCCACUUGAUUUCUACUCUCACUCAAUCUCUGAAGGAUUCAGAACGGAAAUGGGGCCUUGGCAGAAAUAUUGCACAAAGGGAAGCCUAUAGCAAACUUUUAUCUCAUCUAGGACCAGUGGGACAAGAUGAAAUGCAAAGACUGGAAAAUGAUAAUACUUAAUAUAUUUUUGUGAUCCUUCUUCUGUACUGUUAAUCACUAUCCAAAGCCACAUUGUCCUAUUCUAACUUCUACUUUUAAUUAAUUGUAUAAUAUUCUGUUAAAAAUUAUUUCUGGAAUUUUUUUUCCUUAUAUACCUGUGAGUAUAAAGUACAUAAAUAAGAAAAUAAAAGUUAAUUAGUAAUCCUGUAAUAGGAUCCUUGGAACU